UAUAUAUUUUUUAGAAAUAGAUUCUGAUUGUCAAAACCUAAUAACUGCAAGAAAAUUAGGGCUUGGAAACGGGAAAUUGUUAAUUAUCGAGCAAAAAAAUUUGAAACAUGGCAGAGGAAUCGCCAAGACCCAUAAGGUUAAUGAAUUUCAUCUCGGAGGAACAGUUAGAUCAGGCUAAGAAAGCAAGAGGUGAGCGGGUCGAUGACGGCACUGCCCAGAGAGAUAGGCCUCUCUACGAGAUUUUGAAGGAGAAUAAAGACAAGCGGGAUGCUGAAUUCAAUGAACGGUUCAAGCAUAGGCCUCCUAAAGCUUUGGAUGAAGAUGAGACUGAGUUUCUUGAUAAAUUGGAGAUGUCAAAGAGGGAAUAUGAGCUGCAAAUGGCAUACGAGGAAGAGGAACAGCUUCGGAUUUUCCAAGCUGCAGUUGCUGCACAGUCUACCAUUAUGCAUGAAUUGAACGAAAAGCCACCUGUUCCUGUAGUUCAGUGUAUGCAGGAACGGAAAACCGUUGGGAAGAAGAAUCCAUCUACUCGCUCAUUAAAUAUGAUUAUUAAGGUCAAACCACAGGCAAAGAAAGCAAAGACACAUGAAGGCAAUGUUCAACCUUCAAACAUUGUGAGCACACCUGAUGUUGAUACUGAAAAAUCUUCAGACCAAGUGAAAGUACCUAAUAGUGAUCCUAACGAGUUCCCUGAGGUUGCUAAAACUGGUCUUGUGUCAUAUAGCGAUGAAAGUGAGGAUGAUGAUUAGUACUUUUGGUAGUAAUAUCUUGGAUAUCUAUAAUUAUUUGAUUUAAUUUCUUAAAUUUGCCUUAGUUUCCUGUAAUGUAAGCGGAAGCAGGGCAUGCAGUAGUCCUCUCUUCUACGUUAGAAAAACAAAAUGAAAAAUGAGGAGAAUUGUUUACUUA